CGCCCGGUCGCCUACGCCCACGCCUGGCUUGGCAAGGCCACACACCUCAUUGGACAGCUUUACCCGUGCUCGGCCAGUGGCCUACAGCUACGUAGGUAGGUAAGCCCGCCGAUAGUCGCCGCGCCGCCUCUGUUCAGUGUAAACCAAAUUUUGGUUUACCGGAGAGCCGAAUCCAUCUACGAUCUAGAAAUUCGAUAAUCCAUCUUCUCAACAUUAACACCGCGCCCCAUCAUGGGCGCCACGGUAUCGGUCGUCAAGACCUUGAUCGUGCCGGCCAUCGUCUCGCUCAUUCUGUUCCUCGUAUCGACCUAUCUUCUCGCACCGCUAUGGCGCAGAUGGCGCAGUCGCUAUAGCCAAUACCUGCCCAUCGACUCCAUAACUACCUCAAGUGUAUCAUUACGGCAUCGCUUGCAGAACGGCAUUGCAAGGCUGAUGGUGCCCAGCACCUGGAGGCGGAAUGCUCAUGAACGUCUCGUUAUUGCAACCGAUGCGUCCGAAGAUGGCUUCAUGUCAGAAGACGGAGAAGAGCUUGGGGAAGUGGGGGAAGAUGCCCGAAGAGCCCUAGCAGAUGAUGCCCGGCAAGGCAGGCACGACAGCACGAGACGGUUGAGUAGAGACCUGGAAGAGGGCUUCAGAGACGAGAGUGACGAUGAAGACGAUGGAGCUGGUAAUAGGCGGUAGCAUCAAUCUUAAUACUCACCUCAGCCUCGUCUUCCUUUGUGUCGGAUGCCUACCUUGGUCUCUUACCAGUCGAUGAGACAUUCAGCUGAAUCUCGCGUCAGUCACACGUUGCCGCACAGAGCCCAUUUCUCCCGCCUUCUAUGCGAUGCAGCGUUCCCAUA